AUGGCUGGGUCCAACGGCAGCAGUGGUGUAGCUAGCCAGCCAUCCAAACCUGAAGCUUCCUUCAUCAUCAUCAAGUUCAAGAAGCUUCCACGCCGACAACUGACGCUACUUGCCAUUACUAUCUGUCUCAACGUGCUGCUCUGGAGUUCACUUUUUACAUUCAUUACUACAAUUUACUUGAUCAGCGCGGACCCAGGAGACUCUACAAACAUCCCAUCGGAGGUUCUCACGCUUGCUUCUUCCCUUGUAUCCAUAGGCUAUAUCCUCCUCCACACUAUCUUUUCUCUCAAGCAGAGAAUAUGGAAGCACCAAAGACGUCAUCCAUCUAUCAUCAAGAAAACUUCGUAUUUUGCCAUCCGCCUUGCUGUCACAUUAUGUAUCCUAUGGCUCUUGACUUCUGGCUGGAAUUUAAUCACCGUCGCACGUCGACCUGUCUGCUUGCCUGGUGGUCGUAGCCUUCCGGGCUGGGAAGCUGGGACAGCGUGCGUUGUUGGACGUACAGGCAUGGCAUUUUCGAUGAUAGCGCUGGUUGCUUCAUGUGCCCUCUUCGGCAUGCUCGCUGUCGUGCGGCGUCCCUUUGAAGCACAUGUCCUUAAGCAUGGAUACCGACCACCAAAAAAGCACCAACGUACACCGGCGAUGUCACGGAGACCGUCUCCUACACGUAGUGCUUCCUUCAUCUCUGACAAAUUCCGGAGCCGGGUCUCUGUGUCGACACACAGGAGUACUCCUUCGAAUAACUCCAACGUGGAUGUUGAUACUCUAGAUUUGGCCUCUAAUUCCCCUCCAUCCACGAUUCAUGCACCCUCGCCAAUUCGGGCCAUAGAGACUCCACCCAUAUUCUACCCUUCUGCAUCAUACAACCAUCUACCACCUCCUCCCCGUAUGAGCUCACUUAUUGCACCAUCAGGAUUUGUCCCGCUGUCCGUUCCAGCCCAAUACUCAGCGUCGGCAUGGCGCGCCGUACACCCCAACAUGCCUUCUCCUUUAGUGUCUGCGGCAACACGCUCUCAUCCGCACCUGCCUCAUACACAGCAAGGGCAUAAUUUCUCCUAUCGAAACCGCUAUUCUCGAUCUUCAGUCUCGCUCACACGUCCUCAUCGUCUAAGUUCUGCCACACCAUCAGGUAGUGUAGCUUGGAGCUCAAGGAGUGGUUCCACAGGACCUGAUGAGGGUCGAGGCAGUCCUGCAUCCGGAACUACGAGCACGCAUGAUAGAGCUACUGCGAACGCGAUAGCAUAUGCAAUUCUGAACGGUACUCCAGUUCCUGGAACACGUUCAAAGAAACACCACAGGUCCAACCAUGUACGACGCGCUAGCGCGCCGGAUGCAACACCGGACGCUCAGUAUGGUCGGAAAGCGAAAGGCUGGAAACCGCGACUCCAAGGUCAGGAGGAGACCAUCGAAGGUCAACCUUCAAAGAUCAUCAGGUCUUCGUCUGCAGACCUGCUGAGCAAGUUCAGUCCAGAUAGCAGCCCCGAUGGCACUGAAGUCAGCAUUGGAAAAGAGCUCGAGAGAGAGUUGGAUCUAAGGUUAAGUUUUUCAGGGGGUCUGCCCUUCCGCAAAACCAGGUCUGCGAGCCCUCUGCGUCAUUCUGACAUGCCAACCGGAGCAGCCAAUGUUGGCAGGUCAACUACCGUUGUCAGUAGAUUGCCUCAAGAUCCAGUGAUUCUGAAAGCUGGUGAAAACAUGACUGCUGGAAAACCAGAAAAGAGGAGGAUGACGUUCGACGAACUGAAGAACAAGCCGCUCCCAAAGAUCGCGGCUCUGUAA